CGAGGCGAUUAUAUAGUACCUAUAUUGGAUACUAUGCAAAAAUGUAAUAAAAUAGACAAAUCAGAACUGUCUUUUUUAAGUAACUGGAAUAGUAAAAGAGACCAUCCGCAGGAAUUUCUUUGGCCUAUUCAGAACUGUUAAUUUAAUACUGGCAUAUAAUACACUUAGAAUAGCUGUCAAAAAUAUACCAAAAGAAAGUGACAACAUAAAUCACCUAUAAUUCAUAAAAGCUUUCAUAAAUAACAACCAUGUUCCGAUUAUGAAUACAAAAAAAUGCACAGUAAUACCAGUACCAGAACCGCCUCCGCCUGACCCUUGCACAAUACAAAGGAUACGAUUGAAGGAGAAAGCUGGCAUUAAGAUAUGCCCUAAGGAACCGAUCAGGCAACCGUCACCUCCUCCACCGUGUUUUGCACUUUGCGUUGAGCGAAUAAAAAAUCCACCUGUACCCCCAAGUUCACAUAUAACAGUUGUUUGUAAAGUCGAGAGAGAGUUAACAACUACUGAUCGAUGCGAUCAAAUAUUAGACGCUACUGCAUCACAUCCUGAUCCUCCUUGGCCUAGCUGUCCAGUACCACCGCUUCCUCCUCCGCCCCCUCCAUACGACCCCUGCGAAGAACGACGCAGAAGGGAAAAGGCAGAAGAAUGUAAAAGAAGAAUGAAACGAUAUUUGGAAUAA